CAUCAUCAAUUAAGUGAAUAUUGGGGUGGAGAACUGCCAGCUGUAUAUACCUGUGACCUCAAUUAACCUUCUUGCAUGAAUUGAUUACAUCAGUGCUAAUUAUUUGGCCGCAGGGUUUUCCCUGGUUAAGCCAACUUUAAACAAGCUGUGGACCUGCAGGUUUAUCAUCCACUCACCCGUGAAGAUCUGCCAUUACCUGAUCCUAGCUUUACUCCUGUCCUUCUCACUGUGCAUGCCUGAAGAGGGUGGCAAACAUCAUCAAGAAGAUAAACAGUUCUGGCAGGAGGCACGUUUCCUGCCAAACUGGCUCUGCCUCCCUGGAUCGAUGGCCAAGGUGGCUGACUUCAUGGCAAGAAGAGUCUUCUCUGCAAUGAGCUGUUACGGCCAGCAUUGUCUUGGCAGUGCUGCCCCGGGAUUGGCUUCACGGUGUUUGGCGUUACGCUGCAAAAGGCAAUGACUAGAAACAGCCCGACGUGCUUGUUGGCUUGUGGCAUGUGGGUGGCUCAAAGCAGUUUGGCAGAGAUUAGAGUAGGUAGAGGUCAGGGAAGCCAGAUGUCUGGAAAGCCAGGGAGAUAAAGGCUGCCCUUUGGUACACGGGGGAAAACAGAAGGUACAAAUGCAUGAGAAGCGUGCAUCCCUUCCCACAGAGGCUGAUUUCACCUUCUGUGCAUCUGAUUUCCUUGAAAGUGCCAUUAAUUUGUGAAACUCCUUGAUUGACAGCUUAGAUGAUAAAAUCUGCACAAAACCCAGGCUAGAUGGGAUUCUGAGGUGGGGUUAAUAGAAACAGAGAAACCACAUCCAGACUAGGAAGGCCCUGAGCUUCAACCUACUGGGAGCUGGGAGGGCACUCAGGGGAAGUAUGACAGGAUUCAGCUCUUGCCUCCUUCCCUGCGGGUCUGCUAUUGGCGCUGGAUGUAGGACCUAAGGCUGGAUGGAGCAGGAUCAUGGAAUCAUUCAGGUUGGAUGAGAUAAGGUUGGAACUUCACCAGACUGACAUGAUCUUUCAGAUAUGAGGGAUGGUGGCUUGCCACCACAGGGUUUCUGUAUGUAUGACCCAUGGGCAUCUUUCCCCCCACACUGCAUGGUGCUGUCGGGGCUCGGGGCUGAUGAGAUCCCAGCUCACUGCCCGUGUUCUGGCACAAACCCUUCUGGGGAACUCAGCAUUCUGAGGAGACAGCUGCUGUGGUUCUGAGUGGAGAGAAGAAUGGAAACGUGGAGUUUCCAAACUUUCCUGCUCUCCCUGGCAAAACCAAAGGUAUUUUUCCUCCCCUUCAAAGGAGUUCUUCGUUUACUUUUGCUGCUUUGGACCCAUGAGCCCCAGGCAGGCGCUGGGGACUGCCGUGCCCCCCAGCACCCCAUGGAACAGCGCUGCGAGAGAGAGCCAAUGGCAGGAGCUGAAGCAGCCCUGAGCACCCCCUCCUCCUCUCAGCACAGAGCCCAGCCUCACCUGGGGGCUCUCAGGGGCUUUCCAGAGGACACAUAACACCCGGCCUUUCCAUACUGCGCAAGGCAGACGCGUUGCUCUGCCUUGCAGGCAGCAGCCCCACUGCGCUCCAUUAGAGCACAGCCUGUGCUUGGGCUGCAGAACUCUGCCGUGCUGCCUUCCCCCAGCCAGGCCGAGGAGCCCCGUGGGUCGGGGUCUGCAGUCGUGCUGCGAUACCCAUUGCAGCACUGAAACCGCUUCCUGCUCGCACCAGGCACCAGCUGCAGGAGACAGCUUCGGGCAGCACCUCUGCUCUUUGCUGGGAUCUGUGCGCCCGGGGACCCAGCUCUGGAUUCAGACAUGCGUCAGGCCUGGAGGUAGGAGUCCAUGAGUGCUUCGUGUCUGGUCGCUGCCUACAGCCCCUGCCCAGCAGAUCCUGCAGAGCGACCGUGCUCAGCCCAGGGCAGAGCCCCGCACGGAGGGAGGGAGGGAGCUGCUCUCUGGGCUCUGCUGUGCAGCUCUUCUCUGCACCCUGAGCUCAGACCCGCGGGCUGUCAUCCCACCACCCCCUGGGGGCCGCAGCCCAGGUACCCACAGCGUCCCUGGCUUCGCUGCAGGGUUUGUAUGGCCUUCAAGCUUCUCCUGCCAGAAGAAAACCUAAUUGUGCAGGCUUCACUCAUGAGUGACUGAAAGAAUGAAGACGGAGCAGGGAAUGGCAUUGUCAUGGCUGUGCUGAAUGUCCCAGAGCAUCUCCGGAGACCAGAAUCUGCCUUGCCUGUUGGGAGGAGCUCCGUGUGCAGUGCACGGUGCAGGGAAGCCAGCAGCAGUGCCCCGAGGGAAGCUGGGUCCUGACCAUCCCCCUCCUCCUGAUCUGACUCCAAGAUCUCGGCCGAGCAGUGGUGAGCAGCCAACGAAGAAACACAUCUCCACAAGCAAUGAGGAGCCUCUUGGUCAGCCCUGGUGGCACAGUCUGAAACAUGAGCUUCAUCUGAAGUUGCUUGCCAUCCAGCAGCCCCAUUUCAUCAGCACUUUUUCUCCGCUCCCCUCUCCCAGUCAUGUUACACCCAUCUCACACACCAUAAUAACAGUUUGCAUUCCCUAUUUGGCACGUGCAUCAAUGCAUUGCCCUCAGCUUCGCAUCCUCAGUUCUGGGCACUUCGUGGAUCCUACUCUGGUGUCUUUUUCACGUUCUUAAGCGCAGAAGCAAGACCCUCCUGCAUGGCUCCUGGCACCUUCAGCCACCCCAACAGCAGCUCCUCCUCUUUUAUCCUUGUGGGUGUCCCCACCCUGGAAGCUUUCCCCAUCUGCCUGGGCAUCCUUUUCUGCUCAGCAUACGUCCUCGCCCUGGUAGGGAAUAGCAUGGUUCUGCUCGUCAUUGUGCUGGACGAGUCCCUGCGGGACCCCCUGCACUGCUUCCUGGCCAUGCUGGCAGCCAUCGACGUGCUGAUGGUGACGUCCAUCGUCCCCAAGCUGCUGGGCGUCUUCUGGCUCAAUUCCAACCAGAUUGCCCACACCGCCUGUUCUGUUCAGAUGUUCUUCGUUCACUCCACCACAUCAGAGGAGUCGGGAGUGCUCUUGGCCAUGGCUUUUGACCGCUUCGUUGCCAUUUGUCACCCCCUCAGGUACAGAAUGAUCCUGAAUCGAGAAACAAUUGCCCGGAUCUGCCUGGCCAUCGUGGUGAGAGCGCUCCUUGUCAUGGUCCCGUUGACAGGGAUGGUGACAAACCUCCCCUACUGCCGAUCCCUCGUGGUUCCCCAUUCAUACUGCGAGCACAUGGCUGUGACCAGUCUUGCCUGCGCAGACCCCAGCCCCAGCAGGCUUUACAGUGUGUCUAUGUCCUCUCUCAUCGUCGGGACGGACAUAGCUUUCAUUGCUGUGUCUUACGGGAUGAUCCUGAGAGCUGUCCUGGGGAAGGAAUCGUGCAGGAGGGCUUUCAGCACCUGCGGGUGCCACAUCUGCGUGCUGAUGCUGUACUACAUCCCCGGCAUGGUCUCCAUAUACAUGCAGCAGUUCAGCCGCGGCGUGUCCGUGCGCGCGCAGGUUCUGCUGGCCGACCUCUACCUCAUCGUGCCCCCCAUGCUGAACCCCCUCAUCUACAGCAUGAGGACCAGGCGGAUCCGGAAGGCAAUGCUCAACGUGCUAUUUCCCAGGAAGGCUCACGCCUGUCACGGCGGCCAGUGACUUUCCAGGUCUGUUCAUCCACACGAGCACAGCACCCAAUUCAUUCCCAGUGGAUGUAUGCUGAGAGCAGAAGCCGGGAGGGAAUGGGAGAGGGCUUGUUGGCUUUCAUGACUGUGUGUGACCCUACACUGCGACAAGAGGUGCUGGGGACCGGGAUCAUGAGCAAAUGUCAGGCUCCCAUUUCCCUUCCUUCUCACUGGGAGGCAGAUGGGCAGCCGCCAGCUUUGAGUUUUGAGAUGUUCUCAGUGCUGUGAAUGUCCCUGUGAUAGUUUGAAAUUCACAACUCCUCGUGUACUUGUGUCAAUAAACAGAUCCUAUUCAAAA